ACACGGGAAGCGCGUACGUGUCGUCACACCGAAAAAAAAGCUUGGCGUGUUGCAAGCGAGGACAGAUGGCGGGUAAAAAGCCUGCAAAGUCGCCCAAGUUGGACGAUGCAGUCGGGGAAGGAGAGGAAGGGGCGCCCGCUGAGACCGAGGUCAGCGAGAAACACCAGCAGAUCCUCGAGCGGAUCGUCAGCAUCCAGGGAGAUAUCGACGCCCUGAACGAGCGCGCCUCCGAGGAGAUACUCCACGUGGAGCAGAAGUACAACGGACUGCGGCAGCCCCACUUCGAGAGGCGCUCCGAGCUCAUCAAGGAGCUGCCCGACUUUUGGUCCACGGCCGUAUCCACCACCAGUGGAAGAGUGUGGCAGGGGCAAGAGGGAGAGAGAGAAUACUUAGCUCUGUCGAAUAGGGAGAGGCCCUUCUUGGUGCUGGCUAGCUAGCUUUGUGCGGCGGGGAGCCGUGAUUCAUGAACGCAUGCGUGUCUAUUUGGCGUGGGUGUGUGUGUGUGUGUGCGCAUAAUAAUAGUGUUGGUGAUACAGUAUGUGUUUAUGUUUGGGAGUGCCCCUGGCAAUUUUUGGCGGGUCUGAAGGGGUUUUCCCUUGACACUGUGUACCCUGGCAGCUGCUGAACCAUCCUCAGUUCUCAGAGUUAUUUGGGGAGGAGGACGAGACGGUGCUGCAGUACCUGGAGAAUAUCAGAGUAGACGAAUUUGAAGACGUAAAGUCUGGAUACAAAGUCAGCAUGUUCUUUAGGCCUAAUCCAUACUUUGAGAACGAGGUGCUGUCGAAGGAGUACGCUCUAGACACCAACGGAGAGAGCAUGAUCAAAGGCACAGAGAUCAAAUGGAAACCAGGAAAAAAUAUAACGGAGAAAUCGGUGGCAGAGUCAAAGGGACGGAAGAGAGGUCAUGAAGAUAUCGGGAGUUUCUUUCUCUGGUUCUGUGAUCUGGACCCUUCCUCCGAUGAACCGGCAGAGCUCAUUAAAGACGACAUAUGGCCAAACCCUCUACAGUUCUAUCUGGGAGGAGACCAGAGUGUGGAGGUGGAGGAGGGAGACUACGACGGAGAGGAAGACGACGGGUUGGAGGCGGAAGAGGAGGAGGAGGAGGAAGAGGAGGAAGUUAGUUUCUCUUGUAUGGCGCAACACAGUCCACAUUACUUUACAAUCGCUUGUCAUUUCCGCAAGCCACGGGCAUAUAUACAGUGGAACCUCCGAUGAGGGACCCUCCGAGAUAGGGACGACCUCUCUACAAGGGACAAAAUCGUUGGCCCCAUAGUGUCCCUU